UCUAAAGCAAAGAUGGCGCGACCAACUUCUGAUUCACGGCCUAAGCCAUCCACAUACUUAUUCCUCUACAACACCCUCUCAGCCCUUCUUCGAACAGCCCUCUUGCUGAGAACUACAUAUCUGUGGUUGACCCAAGGCAAUGGUGCUGUGUGGGACGAACUUAACCUUAUAGCACGAUGGACUGAGACCUUUACUGUGAUGGAAGUUAUCCAUGCUGUUACUGGUCUUGUGCGAGCGGCUCCCGCUACAACUGCGCUCCAAGUGGCUGGUCGAAACACCAUUGUCUGGGCCAUUACACGAAACUAUCCGGAAGUUGGUUUCAGAGAUAAUGCCUAUAGUCUUAUGCUCAUGGCUUGGAAUGCGGCCGAUGCGAUUCGAUACUUCUAUUUUACUCUUCAGACGGGAACGGGAUCUGUGCCAGCUGGUAUGACAUGGUUGAGAUACAACAUGUUCAUUAUCUUGUACCCCGUUGGUAUUCUCUCAGAGAUGAAACUUGUUUACGAAGUCAUCCAGCCAUCUCAAGCUCGGAACCCAACGUAUCAGUAUCUACUUUGGUUUGGAUUAGCGAUCUAUGUUCCAGGUACUUAUUCGCUCGAGAAAUCAGCUCCCAAGGCUAUAGUCUCAAUUGUGACUCCAUCUGCCAAGAAUGACCCCAUCGCCAUGGACAACUUUCCGCAGAAGCAGUACGUUUGGUACCAGAUACGCCAGCGGACACGCAGCCUGUUAUCGGAGAGGCUGAAUAUUGACUUGACCACUCAUUCUCUGGAUGAAGCAAAGGCACUUGGUUACCACGCACUAUCCUAUACGUGGGGUGCGCCAGAGGGAGAUGGCAAACCCACCGACUCCGACUCAUGCAUACUGGUGAACGGCGAUAGAUUCUACGUCCAACCAAACUUAUUCGGUGCUCUCAAUCGCUUCGAGGAAUUUGAUUGGUAUUUGUGGAUCGACGCAAUAUGUAUUGAUCAGACCAGCCAACGGGAGCGCGAGAUCCAGGUCGGCAUCAUGAACGAGAUUUACAGCAUGGCAGCGCGAGUCGAUAUCUGGCUCGGUGUUGGCGGGAAAGAGUCAGCUGAGGCCAUUCAUCUGAUACGGAAACUUUCCAGCUUGGCUGAGGAGACAGAUGGAAGUGAAGUGAGCCUGGACAAAAGCGUAACCGAAAGUUCAGGCCUUCCACCUACUCCUUCUGUAGCCUGGAAGCCAUUCGUUGAUCUUCUGGAACGGAAUUGGUUCCGCAGAGCUUGGGUGAUUCAAGAGACCGUCCUAGCUCGGCAGACCUCUGUGUUCCUCGGAAACGGCGAAUGUAUCUCUUGGGAACAGCUCGCCUCUGCAUUGGCGAUGAUCAAAAGACUGGGCUGGUUUCCCAAUGGGGCGUUGGCCAUGGUCAAAUUGGAACAGAUUUCGUGGUCGCCAGGACCUUACGCCGUUCACUUCAUCACCGUAAUCAAGAUGUCCCUCGAAAGCUUGAAAGAGCCUCAAGAUCACCCGUUGCUUUCUGUUAUCGAGGAGCUUACCGGCGCUGGUAAUUGGAAAACGACUGCCAGUUCUCAGUUGGCAUACAUGAUGAUGGUGUGCCAUAAGUUCAAGGUUACGAAUGCCCGCGAUCGGGUGUAUUCGUUAUUGGGAAUGGUUAACAUGGCCGCGAGCCAUAUGGGAAUUCCUCGAUGCGAUUUGGAAGUUGACUAUAACGCGAGCGUCGCUCAGGUUUUCACAGCUGCCACGAAGAAUAUCCUCAAUCAUUGUAAUCACUUAGGAUUCAUCUCUUUAGCUGGUUUUGCAGAAUUCUACCACGGCACACAGAAUUUGCCUUCAGAGGAUAUACCAUCGUGGGUACCUAACUUAUCCAACGAGCCAUCUGCUGCGAGGACUGCCCCCAUCCUUUUUGAUCGUGUUAACAGCGAUGAUCGGUUGGACGCCGCGCGAUACAGUGAGAUUGGUUCUCUGGGAUUUAGUAUCACAGACUCAAGGCUGGCUGUCAAAGCUCAGCGUGUUGGACAGAUCCUUCCAGGGUCUUAUCCAUUUUACGUACUCGCUUACUAUUUCAACAUUGAACCUUUUGCGGCCCUUCUACUACGAUGCGGUAAGCGCUACAAAGUAACUGGAGAGCUCAGCAUUGAAGCUUGUUGGCGUACUUUCAUCUUUGGCUCAAAUAUAUACGAUUCAGUCACAGAUAGCUCGGCGCUUGGCGGUUGCUUUAAAGCCUGGCUAUCCUUCAUCUUGUUUCAUUGCUUGCGGGUCUGGGAUACCUCCAUGACAGUCGAUCAGCGACUUUCAAUCUUGGAACAAUUGACAAACUUCCAAUCUCUUGUGGCCCGGGAUGGAGAUGAAGCCUCCGAUAUGCUUCCAAGUAUCGAAUGGAUAAAACAGAUGCUGCAAAAGCUAGGGCCUUCUGAUCCUCCGGACUCACAGCUGUCGUCAAUAUUUUCAUACAUGGCGUCGAGAUCCUCAAUCACGGACUUUUCCUCAGAAGUUGACUUAGAGUGGACAUCCUCAGUGGCUAAGGAACUCGCCAACACGUUUUCACAGGCUUCUCAGUACGCGUCGCUCUUGGGUAGAUACGCUGGCCAGCGGCGAGUUUUUCUGACAGACGAAGGGCACCUAGGGUUGGCUUUAUGUUCGGCAUUUGAACCAGACAGCGUCUGGGUGGUUUCGUCUUGUCCGGUGCCAUUGGUUCUGAGGCCUCGAGCUGAUGGUACUUAUCAACUGGUCGGAGAUAGCUACGUUCACGGAAUCAUGAAAGGCGAAGCGGUAAAGGAUAACAGCUGGGAGGAAAUUACCAUAACCUAA